CGUGAUAAGCGAUAAUUAAAUAUUUUAUUUGGAUUAUUGUUAACUAAUUUAGCUUUAAUAAAUACGGUUUUAAUAAAUACGUUUUUAGUGGGAAUGCCGCGUCUGCCACAAUAGUGUAGGGUAAAGGUUCUGUAUUUUGGUUUAUAGGUUUAUUCGGUGGCACAUUCAAUUGACUGCUUUCAAACAUUUUACCCAUUAACCCAUGGAGUGUCAUAUGCACACACGGUGGUGCGUAAGAGAUUUGGACCCGACGUGCCUUAUGCACCAACGUUGGAACAUAAGCGGUAUGGCCGACUUCAAGUCGUUCAAAUCUAUUACUACUGUGAUUGGUUGACGUAAAAAAUAUUUCUAUAGACAAGUGACAGUUUAGCCAACAUAAUAACUUAAUUUUUUUAAAUAUUUCAAGCAACAACAUUUAAAAAUUAAAAGACAAUGAGCAGAAGUGGUCCAAAUUUCCACCACUAUUGAGGGCUAUGUAAGCUUAAAGUCGACUAAAUACCAUACAAUUUUGAUUACUAGAUGAAAAAAAAAUAUUCACUCAGAAAAAAGUUAUGACUGUUUUAAAAAUACGUAUUUUUAGUUAUUUAACCGUUUAUUUUUUUCGCACAUAACCACAUUUCAAGCAGUAAAAACAUGGUAGCAAUGAUGACGCAUUCCCCCUGUUCUGUAAUGCGCUCAAAUCGUCUGCAAAGUAUACAAUGAUAACCUUAGCGCACCUACCCAUAUAAAAAUGUAAUCGGAACGGUUCGCAAUCGUGCUAAAAGUAUUUUUUAAUAUUUUUGCAUUUCGGAACCCGGGGAUUGCUAGCGUCGACUCGUAGAUGGAGAUAGCAUUAGGGUAAGGAUACACGACGACACCAGACACCAGACACUAAGUGUAUACAUCGAAUGUCUGUGUGUGUACAUCGCCGCGACACAUAGUUGCACAUGUAAUGACGGUGUCGCUCAGUGUCAGUGUCGCUGCCGUGGAGACAGGACGCACGCGCUGUCCGCAACGAGUGUCGAUAAUUUCGAACCUGCGCGAAAUUUUUAGCUAGACCAAUGACGUCACGAGCUUGGUCAACCGAGGAAAUAAAAUCAUUGAUUUUAUAUUAUGAAUCGCUGCCAGAGCUAUGGCAAAUAUCAAAUCCCGAUUAUAAAAAUCGAGUAAAGAAAGCAGCAGCGGUAGAAAGUCUGGCCGAACAAUUUAAUACUUCUGCAUUAGAAAUAAAUAGAAAACUGCACAAUUUACGAACGCAGUUUAAUAACGAACUGAGAAAACUUAAAAAAAAGAAGAGUGGCCAAGGCACAGAUGAAAAUUACGCAAGCACUUGGGAUUACUUCACAAGUUUACAAUUUUUAAUGCCGAGUACCUUACCAGCAAAUGAAACAAUACAAAAUUUGAAUUCUCCUACUAAUAGCGAAAAUUUGGAAUCAACAGUUUCACCAAACUCCGACAACCUCUCUCGAUCUCAACGAACCUCUAAAAAACGAAAGAAGGAAGACGAAGCUUUAGAGCGAGCGAUAAGCGUGUUAGACAAAUCUGAUGAUGCUGCCAUUUUUGGUGAUUUCGUGGCUGCUGCGAUACGGAAUAUGAGGUCAGAAGCCCGUAAAAGAGAAUUGAAACGUAAAAUUCAACGUAUCAUUCUAGACAUGGAAGAAUUGAAUGAAGCCGAUCAAUAUUCACGUCCAUCUACUUCACAGUCUUAUGGUCCCCUUACUCCACUGCCAAAUGCGACUUGGGAAAGUUCGGAAGACACUAAUGUAACGUACGAAAGUUUGUAAUAAGUUUAUAAGUUUGUCGAUUCACCAAAUUUAAACUUUUCAUAUUAAUAACUAAAUUAAAAUAUUACUUAAAUAUAAAUAUUUUUUUAU